AAAGCCCUACAGAAAGUAGUCGAUACUUUAGCUCAUUACAUAAUAUUCGUUGGGAGUUUGUUUCUGUGCGGCUUAUUUACAAAAAAAUUUUGGCCAUGGAGUUUAUAGAAUAUAUUUCAAGCUGGCUGAUUCUUCUGUAUACUUCACCAUCUGAAAACAAGUACUUCAGGAAGCAAAUAUGAACGAAGACAUCAUUCAGCCGAAUCACUAUGUUUUGAUUCGACUGCCAUCUCUUACUCUCAGAGUAGUCCAGCUCGUGCCGCACACAACAAUCAACGCAGGAAAAUUUGGCUCGUUCUACGCGGACGACAUCAUUGGCAAGCCAUUCGGAUACACAUAUGAGAUCCGCGAUGACAAGCAUGUGGAUGUGAUAUAUUCAUCCGAAGGGCUGUUUGCUUCGUCAGAUGUUAAUGCUGAUCAUGCGGACGAGGAGGAGGAGGGCGAGGAGGAGACCACUUCGAAUGGUUCAACGCCGGUGCCUGAAUCUAAGAUCAACACGAAUGAGACGACGAUAGAUGAUACGUCUAUCCAGAAACUGUCGAUGAAAGAGAUUGAAGAUCUCAAAAAAACCGAGCACGGCGAAAAAAUCAUCCAGCAGGUUAUCAAGUCCCACGGCGCGUUUGAAAAGAAAAGUAUAUACAGUAAGGAGAAGUACACAAGACGGAAACAGCAGAAAUUCCUGAGACGCUUCACACCAUGCAGCAUCGGCAGCUCUGAGCUCAUCGAGCACUUUCAGCUGAAAGACUACCAUCGGGUCUUGGAGCUGACUCCAGAGAGUCUUGGCUUGAUGAUGAGUUUGGCGAACGUGCAUCCGGGAGGAAAUUACAUUGUUGUCGAUGACACUGGCGGAUUAGUGACAGGUGCUAUGCUGGAACGUAUGGACGGAGAGGGCACCAUUUUGUUCAUUCACGAGAACGAACACCCGAAUUUCGAAAUCAUCAAGUACAUGAACUUUCCCGAGGAAAUGACAAACAGAAUGCUCAAGGUCUUGAAUCUGUUACAGCUCUAUCAUCCAGAAGAGGAAGAACCCGUCAAACGAUUAUCGGAUGAGAUUUUGGCGGGGAUGAAAUCUUCUCGCAGAGGACAGUACUAUCGACGAGUUGCCCGUGAAGCUGAACUCACAACCCUAUUCGAUCAAAUCAAGAAUGGUUUCUACGAUGGGCUCGUUCUGGCUACAUCCCUGGAAACACAGUCUCUUUUGGAGAAGCUGAUCCCAGCCGUAGCAGGAUCAAGACAGCUAGUCAUUUACAACACAGCGAAAGAACCGCUCGUCGACACCGCGCAUGAUCUGAUGGCCGAUCUACGCGUGCUUGCCCCCACUAUCUUAGAAACACGUGUUCGCAAGUAUCAGGUAUUCCCUGGCCGAACUCAUCCGCUUAUGACUUCGAGAUCCGGCGGUGGAUACGUACUCUGGGGAACGCGCGUGAUUCCGUCGAAUGAUGUCAGAGCAGGCGGAAAGAAGAGAAAGCGGUUACCAGCUGCGAAUAAAGAGAAGAAAGCUGAGGAUAUCAAGGAGGAGUCUGCUGGCGGCGCGAAGAGAAAGCAUGAUGAGUCGUCGGAGGCUGUUAUCGAGGAGAAGAAGGCGAAAAUUGAAGCCGUUGCUGCUUCAGACUGAUGUAUAGAUGCAUUCGUAUCGCAACAAUUCAUGUACAAUAGGACAGAUUUUAAUUUACGCUCUUAUGACUUUUCGGAGUAAUUUCGAUUGUGAUUGCAGCUAUCUGAUCUCUUCGCUUCUUGCACACUGAUCAGCAAGCUACUCACAGGCAGGGAUGAUAAUAGAAUGUUUGCCAAUGACUUCUUGAUAUCAUGGCCAGUUGCAGCAUGCCAUCAUCAAAUAGAAUACAACUCCAAGAUAGCUUCAGGUGAG